AUGUACACGAUUGAGGAAUCAUUUUUGACCAUGGAAUCAUUUAUUUGCCAUUUAUAUGGUUUAAAAAAAAUAGCUGAUGUUAAUCGUGCCCGAAUCGAAAUUUUUAACAAGACAUACAAAGUGAGUGAUACAACUCAACCGUUCUCCUUAAACGUCAGAAAUUAUGAUGCUUGUAACCUACCACCAUGCCAAUCAGAGCUACGGCAGCAUUUAUUACGAACUAAAUAUAUCGCAUGCUUAUGGCGAAAUGCUCACUAUCGUAAUAUCAGUGAGAUGUCACCAACCGACUUCGGCUGGAAGAAUUUUGAUGGCAAGUUGGAGAUGAUAUGGUUUACUGGAAAUUCAGCUACCAGAAGCAUACGAAGAUAUUGUCAUACGCAAGAUAUGGAUAAAAAUGAAGAAUCGGAUUUGAAUUUCCAAUAUGAGGACGAUUCAACAGACGAAGAAGAUUGA